AUGGCUCCACGUAAAGAGGAAUAUGCCCAGCAAAAUAGCCACAGGUCCGACAUGAAGAAUGUCUUUCAGUCCCUAAUUGAAUACGCCCGGAAGUGGGAGUCUCCCGGAGACCCUAUGUCCGCCUACUCAAAAGAAAUCAGGCUCUUGAAUCAUAGGGAAGACCAUGAGGAGCUAUACCACAAGCGCACCAAUAUGCUAGGCUAUGCCCUGAUGAACAUCUUCACCUGUUUCGUUGAUAACCGGAAUCGCAAGGGUAAGUGGGACGAUGUUAACGAUUGGUAUUUCGAUGAUCAUGAUCGAAUGGAUAUUACGUUUAGUGCGAUGGAGAAACUCUAUAAGGAGCUGAAAGCCUUGGCCAAAAGGUACAAUAGAAGGCCCAUGGAUAUUGAGAAUGCGAGGAUUCGUGUGCUGGAUUUGAUGGAUGAAGUCAAUGUCGAGAAGUUGUGCAGGAAUCUCGAUGCGAAAUACGAAAGGAAGCCAGGGCAUGAAGGGGAUACCGAUGAGGAUGCUGAGGGGGAUACCGAUGAGGAUGCUGAGGGGGAUGUCGAUGAGGAUGCUGAGGGAGAUGUCGAUGAGGAUGCUGAGGGAGAUGUCGAUGAGGAUGCUGAGGGAGAUGUCGAUGAGGAUAUGGAGGAUAUAGAUGAAAGCUAUUUCCCCGACGAUACCGAUGAUACUGACGAUGGCGAUGAUCCUAAUGAUCCCGAUUAUGUCGAUUAG